GUCUCUCCCUCUUUUUAGGUACUUUUUUGAGGCAGAAAAAAAAAGGUCAAAAUGGGGCGGAGAUCUACAUCAUCCACCAAGAGUGGGAAGUUUAUGAAUCCCACGGAUCAGGCCCGGAAGGAAGCUCGGAAAAGGGAACUAAAGAAGAACAAAAAGCAACGAAUGAUGGUACGAGCAGCUGUACUGAAGAUGAAAGAUCCAAAGCAGAUUAUCCGGGACAUGGAAAAGCUGGAUGAGAUGGAGUUUAACCCAGUACAGCAGCCGCAACUUAAUGAAAAAGUGCUGAAGGAUAAACGCAAAAAACUUCGCGAGACUUUUGAGCGUAUCUUACGGCUCUAUGAGAAGGAAAAUCCUGACAUCUACAAAGAACUGCGCAAGUUGGAAGUAGAGUAUGAGCAGAAGAGAUCACAACUCAGCCAGUAUUUUGAUGCCGUCAAGAAUGCUCAGCAUGUUGAAGUGGAAAGUAUUCCCUUACCAGAUAUGCCGCAUGCUCCCUCUAACAUCCUCAUACAGGACAUUCCCCUUCCAGGGGCCCAGCCACCUUCUAUCCUCAAGAAGACAUCAGCCUAUGGACCACCAGUUCGGUCCAUUUCUGUACUUCCUCCUCCUGGGCUUGGUGUUCCACGUUUACCUCCAGGGAGGAAGCCCCCUGGACCUCCACCAGGCCCACCCCCACCUCAAGUCCUCCAGAUGUAUGGCCGUAAAGUGGGUUUCACCUUGGAGAUGGCUCCUCGAAGGCGAGAAGAGGAGAUUUCUUACAGUUCUGAAGCAGGACAGCGAGGGCAUGAUGAUGACAUGUCCAGUACUAGCGAAGACGAAGGUUAUCCUGAGGAUAUGGAUCAAGACAAGCAUGAUGAUAGUAGUGAUGACAGUGACAGUGACAGGUCAGAUGCGGAGAGUGAAGGCGAGGACUUCCUGCAUCGUGAUAAUGACAAGGAGAGGGAAGGUGGUGAAGAAAAGAAAUCGGGUCACAGUGUGCGGUUUGCAGACAUGCCUGGGAAGUCACGAAAAAAGAAAAAGAACAUGAAAGAAUUGACUCCGCUCCAGGCCAUGAUGUUACGAAUGGCAGGACAGGAAAUUCCAGAAGAAGGGAGAGAAGUGGAGGAAUAUUCAGAAGAAGAGGAGGAAGAAGAAGAGGACUCGGAGUCUGAAGAGGCAGCACAACAGCAACAGCAACAACAACUCAGUGAGGAAGCUCUUCACUCGUCUACUGCAACUUCCCAGACACAACAGCAGCAGCCACCUCCACAGCCUGUUCCUCCAUCUCAGAUACAGGCACCUCCUAUGCCUGGGCCACCUCCACUAGGACCACCUCCUGCCCCUCCACUGAGGCCCCCAGGGCCACCCACUGGCCUUCCUCCUGGCCCUCCACCAGGAGCUCCUCCGUUCCUGAGACCUCCUGGCUUACCAGGACUGCGUGGGCCUUUACCUCGACUUCUGCCACCAGGUCCUCCACCUGGGCGACCACCAGGCCCCCCACCAGGUCCCCCACCAGGUCUGCCCCCAGGUCCUCCUCCACGUGGUCCCCCUCCUCGUCUUCCUCCUCCAGCACCACCAGGUAUCCCUCCUCCUCGUCCAGGCAUGUUACGGCCACCUCUGGUGCCUCCCUUAGGACCUGCCCCGCCUGGGCUCUUCCCACCAGCUCCUAUUCCAAAUCCUGGGGUUCUGAGUGCCCCACCCAGCCUGAUUCAGCGCCCCAAGGCGGAUGACACCAGUGCAGCCACCAUUGAGAAGAAAGCUACGGCCACUAUCAGUGCCAAGCCGCAGAUCACUAACCCCAAGGCUGAGAUCACUCGCUUUGUGCCCACUGCCUUGCGAGUGCGCCGGGAGAAUAAAGGGGCUUCAGCUGCCUCCCAGAGAAAACAGGAUGAUGAGCCUGCUCUUCCAUUAACCAAAGCUGCCCCUAAGGCUGGAUCAUCUGCCCCGAUCUCUGUACAGACAAAGGAUGAUGUGUAUGAAGCCUUCAUGAAGGAAAUGGAGGGUCUCCUGUGACCUGUCAUAGUCCUACUCAGCUUUCCUGCCCCUCUGAACACAGAUCAGACCACCGUGGAGGGAGAGAAGGAAAAAUUAUCCUUCAGCCAGUGAAAGGGCUCACUUGACAGGGAAUAGUUCCCUACCCACAGGUUAACUUGCCAGUAUGCUCUGGAUAGAGACCGCUGCAGAUGAGGUGUGGCUGGGGACCUCCUUUCAAGAGCUAGCAUGUCCCCUUGGUGGAAGAAAAUCACACUAAAGGUGGUGGUACUACUUCCUUCGAGUCUUCCCCCUUCCUUGGAGGGGAGUAAUGGUACUCUGGGG